AGGCUGGUUCCUGCUCGCUGUGAGGACAGUCAACUCUGCUGUGUAUCUGGACCCUGAGGAAGAGGAAAAUCUGGUUGCAGGAUUUCUGGAAUAAGCAGAGAAUACGCUGAGAGAAUCCUCCAAGCUGGAAUUCUCUUCCAACAAGCUUUUUGAUAAACAAAUUCAUUUUGGGGACAUUUUCAGGAAUUUCGCAACCCUAUUCGUGAACAAAUGUCAAGUUGAACAUCUGUUUUUGUAACUGUUUGUUGAUGUGGGCUUAAUGUUUGAUGGAUCUUUUUCAGCAAUAAGAACCUGUUAAAAUCUAGAGAUCACAUGUAUUACAGAAGUAUACCAGAAGCAGCAUGUUGUCACAGGGGAAACUGUUUGGAGUUUGUGAUGGAACAUGUAGGAGAAUGGAAUCUAUAGAUUUAACCUUGCUGUAACAAUACUGAUAUUGUCACAUACUGUGUGGCAUAGAACAUUCUUAUAAUAACGGUUUAGGUGCACAUACUGAUGUACAAUGUAAUACAUUUAAAACUCCAUUUAACAGAUUUAAUGCCAUCUCAUUUUAAGUUAUGAUAAUUCACAUGUGAUUUCAUGUUCUGUGAUUUCAUGUGAUGUGAUUUAAUUUGAUCUAAUUUCUUGUUCUGUGAUUUCAUGUUAUCUGAUUUCAUGUCAGGGUCAGGGGGACAGGAUCUAUUUCCUCUGACUCCUUCCUCUCGCCUCGAGCUGAAUGAAACUGUCCUCUGCACCAAUGACCUGAUGAAGGUGGUCAUUCCCAGUGCCUUCUUCCUCAACAAAGAGCCACCCGUUUAUGUCUGGGAUUUGCACCUAAAUGACCCGGAAUGCCGUGGUGUUGAGGUUGGAGAUGACUAUGUCUUCAGCAUCACGACUAAUCUCUCUGACUGUGGGACGAUCAUGGCAUCAGAUGAUACACAUAUUAUGUUCAUAAACACCAUACGCAACAACGAUUUGGAUGUCGUCACAAGGAACUACAUCAACAUCACGUUCGUCUGCCGUUACCCGAUAAACUACAUGGUACAGCAGCCCAAUGGGGAAAACAUGAUCAGAGUGGAUGUCAAGACCAUCACUCUGAACACAGAAGAUGGGAACUUCUCUGUGACCAUGCUGCUUUAUAAAGACAAAGACUUUGAGGACAAGUGGACCACUGUGCCCUCCCUGACCCUGGACGACAACAUCUACGUUAAAGUGUUGAUGAUACCGGCCCAUCUUUUGCUGCGUGUGGAGAGAUGCUGGGCUACCCCAACCAACGACCCGUACAGCAACAUCCAGUACACCUUCAUCAAGGACAGCUGCCCAGUUUUGUCAAACGAACCGUUGACAGUGCUGAAGAAUGGACAGGGGCCAGAGGCUAUGUUCAGGAUACAAAUGUUCAAGUUCGUGGGCAGCUCUUACAAGGAUGUGUUUCUCCACUGCAAUGUUCAGAUCUGUCACAACACACUUGGGGUUUGUCAGCCUAACUGUUCUGGUGAGGAUAACAAUGGGCGGAUGAGAAGAGAUGUCACUACAGCCCAUACAGUAUCUUAUGGACCAAUCAGGCGACGUCUGCCUGAGAGUGACCAACCCAGCCUGAACUCUGGAGGUGUGCCCUCAGUGGAGACCUUUGUCCUGGGAGGCCUACUUGUGUUCCUGCUGCUGUUCACUGGAGUGUUUGGGAGGCUGUGGCUGCGAACCAGGCGCUCCUACCCAACACAGGAGGCUCAGCUCACCUUAUCCAACAUACACCACAACUCAGAGGUGGCCCGCUGAUCUAACCCAGCAGUUCAAGCAAUGAGAACUGAUAUGAACCGGUGCACGCAGACACAUGCACACAUAAACACACAUUACAUUUCUGCAUAAGGAAAGAGGAAAGUAUGAAUUGACUGUAGGUUGGGGUGUAAAUAAAAUCUCACUGUAGAAAUUAGAGGGAUUUUGAAGAUGUAAAUGAGAACAUGUCUCUGCAAGGAGUGUUCUGUGUUGUUUUGUAGAGAAAAAUAAAGGUAUUUCAAAGAGCU